AUGUGCCCUCUGCUCCUGUUGUACCUGCUGCCCUGUGUCUCCGGGCUGCCCUUCUACAACGGCUUCUACUACUCUAAGCCCAAUGGCUGGAACCUGGGCAACAGCCACGGCGAAGGCGUCUUCAACGGGGUGAGGCUGGUGGUAGAGACGCCCGAGGAGACCCUGUUCUCCUACCGAGGGGCCAAUGUGACCCUGCCGUGCCACUACCACUACGAGCCGGCCCUGCUGUCCCCGAGGCCCGUGCGCAUCAAGUGGUGGAAGCUGUCAGAGAACGGGGCCCCGGAGCGGGAUGUGCUGGUGGCCAUCGGGCUGAGGCACCGCUCCUUCGGAGACUACCGAGGCCGGGUGUGUCUGCGGCAGGACAGGGAGCACGAAGUGUCGCUGCAGAUCGGGGACUUGCGGCCGGAGGACUACGGGCGUUACCGCUGUGAGGUCAUUGACGGGCUGGAGGACGAGAGCGGCCUGGUGGAGCUGGAGCUGCGGGGUGUGGUCUUUCCCUACCAGCACCCCCAGGGCCGCUACCUGCUCAACUUCCGUGAGGCCCAGCGGGCGUGUGAGGAGCAGGACGCGGUGGUAGCCUCCUUUGAGCAGUUAUUCCGGGCCUGGGAGGAGGGCCUGGACUGGUGUAACGCGGGCUGGCUGCAGGACGCCUCGGUGCAGUACCCCGUCACACUGGCCCGGCAGCCCUGUGGUGGCCUGGGCCUGGCGCCCGGGGUGCGCAGCUACGGCCCGCGUCACCGCCGCCUGCACCGCUAUGACGUGUUCUGCUUCUCCGCUGCCCUCAAGGGGCAGGUGUACUACCUGGACCACCCUGAGAAGCUGACGCUGGCCGAGGCCAAGGAGACACAGGGUCUGGGAGUAGAGAUGGCGGCAAAGCCAGCCGGGGCCUCCAGCCGCAGGGCCAGCACCGACACAGGCUGUGCCACGGGGCCGGUGAGCCAGAACGAGCCUCCUCCAGGCUGA